AUGACUACGCAGGGCCAGGGACGGCAGUUGCUCAAUACCUAUCUGCAAAAGAAGGGCAUCCCAGACCGGCCUGAUUAUGAAGAGUCUGUGGUAGGGGAGCCCCACAUACCGACAUGGAGGGCAGUUGCGAAAAUGGGUACGAUCAUCUGUGGGACAGGAACGGGCAACAGCAAAGGUGCGGCGAGAGAUGCAGCCGCCCUGAAGACCCUCCGCAACUUCGAAGCCGCAGAAGGCUCUUCGACCCAACCAGUCCAUAGGGAGCUUCGCAGGUACCUUCAGUCCGCACUCAUGAGCCAGAGUACCGCCACCGUCUCGGGUGUCCAGCUCUCCAUGGGGCAGGCGACGUCGCGCUCGGGACCCGCCGCCGCGGUCAGCUACUCGCCCGUGAUCCCGCGCCGAGCUUCGCCGCCUCCGAUCGCCAGUCCCCCGCCGAUCCCUGUGAGCCCUGAGUACGCGUCCCGACAGACAUCUGUCGCGACGUCGAUAGGUUCCGUGGACGACCGGACACCCUUGCUGUCUCGGCGGCCGCAGCAGCCGGAUGUUGCCCCUCCCGCACCGCGCACACCACCACCACCACCAGACCCUUUGUCAUCGCGUGGUCUGGAGAUCGCAGCCCCGCAGACGCAGACGCCGAGUUCAAGUCCGAGUUCGUCGGGCACGCCGUCGCGCUCGUCCGUGCAGACGGAUACAUCGAGGCCGUCUCCGCCGCCGUCACCCCCUUCUUCUCCCGGCGGCCCCGUCCCAGUAGAGAAGUUUAAUCUGACAGUCUUCCUUGACCCGGAUCAUCGUGAAACGAUAGAGAUCAUCGAAGGCUGGGACGACGAAGAAAUUUUGAAAAACUUGAAGAGUACGUACGACGAGAUGCGAGGUUUGUGGCGGAGGAGAUUGUCGGCGAAGCGGCUCAGUGCGGUCUGGCUAGUGAAGUAUGCUCCCGCAUAUUGGUGCGAGAAGAGCACACACCAUCCAGAACUGCCGGAGCCCUUUAACAUCCCCGCGUACAUGCGUACGCCCGACCGCGGGCGCGGGACGGACGGAUUGCGACGCUACCUCGCGGCGAUCUGCGGCGCGACGAAUGAGCAGCUCGGAGUGAACCGCGAGGGUGCGGAUUACAGGCUCGGCCUCAAGUUCGUCGAGAGCUGGCAGCUCCUGCCGAUGCUCCUUGCCUGCUUGGUCGUGAUGCUCUCGACGCUCGGAUUUGCGAUUGGGUAUUAUAAAGUGUAUGGAGACGCGUCUACGGCGUUUACGAUUGCUUCGUACAUGGCUGCUCUUGUAGCCAUGGUUCUGGCAUUGGUCCAAGUCGUCAUUUCUUUAGGGAGCUGA